UAUUUACACGCAUUAAUGAGAUCCCCUCUGUCUCCUCGGGCGCCAUUUCGGCAGGCCCAGGCCCCCUCCUGUCCCUUCCCCGGGCCGAGCGGCGGCAGAGGGCGCUGGCCGGGGCGGCCGGGAGGAGGCCGACAGCCGCAGCCUUAUCAGCGCGCCGCAGGCCGGGCCGGGCCCGCUCGGCCGCGGCUUCCCGGCCGCCGGCCCAUGGGCGGCGGCGGCUGCUCGGAGGCGCCUCCUCCUCCUCCUCCUCCUCCCGCCGUAUUCCCGUGCGGCGCGGACCUGCGACCGCAGCAGCAGCAGCAGCAGCAGCUCGGGUGCCGCGCCGGCCGCAUGGCGGGCUACGCGCCGCGCCUGCCCUGGCUGCUGCCGCUGCUGCGCCGGGCGGCGCCGCCCCCCUGGGCUCGGGCAGCCGCCGCGGCCGCCGGGCUCCGCGCCCCGCCGCGCCCGCCCGGCAGGUGCGGGGCGCAGUCGCUGCCGCCGGGCUCCCCGUCCUCCCCGUCCUACCGCCGCCUCCUCCCCGCCGCGGCGGUGGCGGGCGGCUCCCCGCGCUCUCUGAGCACCGCGGCGGGAGCGGAGCCGCCUCGCAGGGCUGCGGACGCUCCGCCGCGCUUCGAGGCUCGGAGGCUGCUGGCCCUGGCGCACCCCGAGCGCCGGAGACUGACAGCUGCUGUUGGCUUUCUGACAGUUUCCAGUGUCAUUACCAUGUCAGCUCCUUUCUUUAUGGGGAAAGUUAUUGACAUUAUUUAUACAAAUCCCAGUGAGGAUUUCACUGACAGCCUGACCAGCCUGUGUGCCUUGCUGAGUGGAAUCUUUUUAUGUGGUGCUGCUGCUAAUGCUACACGUGUCUACCUCAUGCAGACUGCAGGACAAAGAAUUGUGAAGCGUUUGAGAGCAACCAUGUUCUCCUCGAUUGUGAAGCAAGAAAUAGCUUUCUUUGACAAGACCAGAACUGGAGAGCUGAUAAACCGCUUAUCUUCAGAUACAGCCCUUUUGGGCCGCUCAGUGACUGAAAACCUUUCAGAUGGGCUCAGGGCAGGAGCACAAGCAUCUGUGGGGAUUGGAAUGAUGUUUUUUGUUUCCCCUAGCCUUGCUGCAUUUGUUCUGAGCGUUGUGCCACCGUUGGCUGUCGUUGCUGUGAUUUAUGGCAGAUACUUGCGAAAGCUUACUAAAAUGACUCAAGAUUCUCUUGCAGAAGCAACACAGUUAGCUGAAGAACGUAUUGGAAACAUCAGAACAGUUCGAGCUUUUGGGCAAGAAGUGGCUGAAAUGGAGAAGUAUACAAAUAAAGUUGAUUAUGUGCUACAGCUGGCUAAAAAAGAGGCACUAGCUCGGGCAGGCUUCUUUGGAGCAACUGGCCUUUCUGGGAACUUAAUUGUCCUGUCAGUAUUAUACAAAGGAGGAUUACUAAUGGGCAGUGCCUACAUGACAGUUGGUGAACUCUCAUCUUUCCUAAUGUAUGCUUUCUGGGUUGGCAUAAGCAUUGGAGGUCUAAGUUCCUUUUAUUCUGAGCUAAUGAAAGGAUUAGGUGCUGGUGGACGUCUUUGGGAACUUAUUGAAAGGAAGCCCGAACUUCCAUUUAAUGAGGGAAUCACAUUAGACAAAGACGUAUUCAGAGGCGCUUUGGAAUUCAAAGAUGUUGAAUUUGCAUAUCCAACACGUCCAGAAACAUCAAUUUUCAAAGAUUUCAGCCUUUCCAUUCCAGCUGGCUCUGUUAUGGCUCUUGUUGGCUCAAGUGGUACAGGGAAAUCAACAAUUGUAUCCCUUCUGCUGCGGCUGUAUGAUCCCGUCUCAGGUACUAUCACCGUUGAUGGCUUUGAUAUCCGUCAGUUAAAUCCACUGUGGUUCAGGACAAAGAUUGGAACAGUAAGUCAGGAACCAGUUCUCUUCUCCUGUUCCAUUGCUGAAAAUAUUGCCUACGGUGCUGAGGAUCCUUCUACUGUGACUGCAGAGGAGAUUCAGAAAGUUGCUGAAAUAGCUAAUGCUGCUAGUUUUAUCAGAGAUUUUCCAAAAGGGUUUGACACUGUAGUUGGAGAAAAAGGCAUUUUGCUUUCAGGUGGACAGAAGCAACGAAUUGCAAUUGCUCGAGCUCUGCUCAAGAAUCCUAAAAUUCUUCUGUUAGAUGAAGCAACAAGUGCUUUGGAUGCUGAAAAUGAGUAUCUAGUGCAAGAAGCUCUGGACCGGCUGAUGGAAGGGAGGACAGUCCUAAUAAUUGCUCAUCGUCUGUCUACUAUUCAAAAUGCUGAUUGCGUUGCAGUCCUUGGCCAGGGUAAAAUUCUUGAAUGUGGGAAACGUGAGGAACUACUUGCAAAUCCAAAUGGACUUUUCAGGAAACUAAUGCAGAAACAAGCUUUUCUUCAAAAUAAUGAUACUUUUGCAUUAGAUUUACAAUCCAGAGAAAAGGAUGUAUUAAAAGAAAAUGUAUGAGACAAUGUAUGAAUGAUGGAAACUUAUAAAUGACAAAGACUAUAACUUAUGUUUCAGUUAUGUAAAGUAAAUGUUAUAUUUUUCCAAAAAUGUACAAAAUAUUCUUUUGAAAUUUAAAUGUGUUUAAACUUUUUAUUGAAAGCUUUUUAAUAACUAUUGUAACUUUUAAAAGUAUCUGUCACACUGAGAUUAUUUCAGUGUAUAGAUUUUUCUCCAUGUGUUACUUUGAGACUGUCUAGAAUCUUGUUUGCUGUAAUGCACUGUGUGAAGAUGUGCUCCAUUCUCAAGUAAGUUCAGUAUUGUAAAGGUAAUUAAAUUACAAUCUUAAAAUUUUCA